AUGGGAAGUUAUAAAGACGAUUUGUCUGACAAAGCUACUUACAAAAUGCCUCAAAUGGAUUGGUUUCCUUCUAAUUGUGAGAAAGAAAAUGUAAAGCGAAGAAAUGAAAUCAAAACUCCAUUAAUGGAAGAAGUUUUCAAGGAAGUUAUUAGCGAUAACGAUACUUCUAACAUAGAUAAACAAACGCAAAGACUUUUAACUUUAGACGCCUUUUCUCAUUUCGUUAAAAAGAACAGACUUUGA